CUGUGGAACAAAAACCAGGACCAGGAUCUGUAGCUGGUCCUGGACCUGGAUCUUGACCUGGACCUGGUCGGUCCUGUAGCUGUGCUGGUGACCUCCAGAGUAGGGCGCAGAUCCCAGACACCACAAGAAGAAGAAGAAGAAGAAGACGACGACGACGACAGAAACCGUAGAAGAAGAGCGCAGCGCUGAACACUGAACAGUGGCAGUUAGCAGCAGGCUAAAAGGAGCUAACAGGAGCUAACAGGAGCUAGCGGCUAGCGGGAUGUCUGCAGCCUCUAAAGUGGUUCUGGGAGUUUCUGUGGUUCUGACUCUGAGCACCGUGGCUGCGGUCCACCUCAAACAGUCCUGGGACAGACAGCGUCUCCACGAGGGCGUGGUCAGAGAUCUGCAGCGUCUGCAGAGGAAGAAGGAGAACCUGAGGCUGCUGGAGGAGCAGAGAGCUCUGACCAAUCAGCUGCUGGAGGAGAGACAGCGCACACACGCACAGACAGGUGUCUCUGAGGGACAGUGAUGGACAGCAGCAGCGAGCCGCUGGGUGGCGGCGAGGACGAGGCGGCAUGCACGUCGGCCUCGGAGGGUCUAGAGGAGGGCGAGGUGGAGGGGGAGACGCUGCUGAUCGUGGAGUCGG